CUCCGGGCGUGUACUUUCUUGUUCUUCGAAACCCGCUACUGCACUUCAUUCCUCUCACUCUCUUUCACCCUCUCCUCUCUCGCUUUUCUUGCUCCAUCCAUCACGGUGUAUUAAUGCUCAGCCCUUGCCUUACGCCGCCAUGCAGAACAACCAUAAAGAACAUCUCUAUAAGAUCCUGGUUAUAGGUGACCUUGGAGUGGGAAAAACCAGUAUUAUUAAACGUUACGUGCACCAGAACUUCAGCCCGAACUACCGAGCUACUAUAGGAGUGGACUUCGCCCUCAAAGUACUAAACUGGGACCAGGAAACAGUUCGGUUGCAACUAUGGGACAUCGCAGGUCAGGAGAGGUUUGGGAACAUGACGCGUGUCUACUACCGCGAAGCCAUGGGGGCGUUCAUCGUGUUUGACGUCACGCGACCGUCCUCCUUCGAGGCCGUCACCAAGUGGAAGGAGGACCUUGACGCCAAACUGACGCUAGCCAAUGGGAAGCACGUAGCCACCGUCCUAUUGGCUAACAAGUGUGAUCAGGGGCGGGAGGUUCUGACCAACAACGGGAUUAAGAUGGAGCAGUUCUGUCAGGAGAAUGGCUUUGUGGGCUGGUACGAGACCUCUGCCAAGGAAAACAUCAACAUAGACGAGGCAGCUAACUGUCUGGUGAAGCACAUCAUAGCCAACCAGAAUGAUAUUCUUCAAUCGGAGGUGCCCGACACCAUCUCUCCCCAGUUAGACUCCAGCAGAGGUGGGACCUGCUCCCCCUGCUUCCGAUCGUAAAACAACCUACAACAGUGUCAUUUACAAGCCUGCUGUGUAUGUGUGUGUGUGAGAGAGACAGAGCAAGAGAGAGAAAGAAUGAUUUGUAUUCACGUUUUUCAUCAAUCAACGCACACAGCGCUUGUUGUUGGGAAGAAACCAGGAAGUCCCCUUCACUCCUGCUGUUCCAGCCUGCCUCCAUCAAUCACGUCUAUUUUUGUCUUAUUUAUUUGGGUUUGCAGUGUUUUCUCAUGUAUAACCUCCUUGGUUCGUGUGUGUGUGCGUAUGUGUGCGUGUGUGGCAGUGCUGGCUCACUUGUGCUAACACAAGUGUUUGUUGACGUGUUUGUCAGAAGCAAGGUCACACUCAAGGCGACUUGGAACCUUGGCACUGGGUCUCAGUAACCAUGGAGACUGAGUUAACGAGCACGCUCGCUAACAGACAGACACAUGCACACGCUCAUACAGACACUGAAGGACAGAGAUGGAAAUACAAACACUGAAAGAAGACACUCACAAAGAGACUUCAGGGAGUUAGUAACAAUCAACGCUUUUUUCUCUCCUUCUCUCCAUCUCUCCUUCUCUCCAUCUUUCCUUCUCUCCUCUCCAUCUCUCCUUCUCACCAUCUCUCCUUCUCUCCAUCUCUCCAUCUCUCUCUCUCUCUCUCUCUUUCUCUCCUUCCUACUUCUCUUUCAUCCAACAUGUCUUCCUCUCCCCUCCCUCCCCGUCUUAUGAUCGUGUUCCUCUUCUCUCUUUCUGCCAUUUCCACUAACACACGUUAACGACUCCCGAAGCUUCAACCAAUCAGUAUCCAAUAAACUGAAAUCUACCCAAUCACAAAACUCAGCUAUUGUCUACAGCCACGCCCUAUACCUGGUCUAUUCACCGUCAAACACCACAGUGCUAAUUAUAAUUUUUUAUGUAUGAAAGAUCAUAUGGAUGUAAUUGAUUAAUAAUGUAUGCACUGUCUCGGUUGCUUUCAUAAUGAAGAAGCCUUUUAAUAUUAUGUCAUUGUUUCCCACAAGUGCACUGCAACACUGAUGCACGACCUACUCAGUAUGACUCUCCUUCAGUUGUUUAUUUAUCAACCUCAUGUGAAAAUGUAUUUUGAUAACUUGUAAAAUGUUUAAAAUAUAAAAUAAAUACAUAUAAAUAUACUGUACAUAUAGGUUUUUAGAGUUAUUUGGCAGUGUUUGCUCACUAUUAUAUAAACCUUUGAAAUAAAAUGGCUUU